GAAAGUAAAGUUAUCAAACAAGAUUUGGAGCCGUUUUCUUAUCUACUUAUCUAGUCUCACAGGUGGCUUCAAGCGGUAGCGCGUAUCAAAAUCAUGAAAUCUAAAUAAUCAUAAAUUAAAACGUAUUCAAAAAUGUAUAUUAAGAGCACGGUGACUAAAGUGUUCUUAUCAUGUUGCUCUAGUGCCUUUUUGAUGGAAAUUUUGAUGACGAAAUCACCGGAAUGUGCGACUUUAAUAACGUUUUUACAAGCUUUUUUUAUAUCUUUACAAGGUUUUGUAUUUACCACGAAACUCGGCACGGUGAAACCCUCAAUACCUAUUAAGCAAUACAUAAUUCUGGUGGUGUUAUUUUUUAUUACCAAUGUAGCUAAUAACUAUGUGUACUCAUUGCAUGUACCAUCUACCCUGCACAUGAUCAUCAGAUCAGCAUCUUCACCCGUCAGCAUGUUAGUAUCAUGGUACAUGUUGAGUCGCACCCCAAAGCCGACUAGAGCUGUGGGCUCUGUCCUCAUCAGUGCAGGAGUGGCGCUGGCGUUGUAUGGCGGCGCCACUAUAGAACAGGAGCGAGGCACUUUCGUCUAUUGGUGCAUUGGUGUGGUGAUAUUGCUGGCUACGCUGGUGACAGGGGCGUUUACUGGCCUUCAGCAGGAAAUGCUGUAUGCCAAGCAUGGAAAGCAUCCUGAGGAGAUGCUGUUCUACACGCACGCAUUACCCCUCGUCAUGUUUAUAUUCAUCACCCCACAUUUAUACUAUACAGCAUUAACCCUAGACCUAGAAACCUGGUUUAUCAUAACCCUAAAUAUAAUAUCACAAUUUUUCUGCACUCACUCCGUCCACCAGCUAGCCACAAAGGAGUCUUCGGUCACAGUGACUUUUAUAUUAACUUUAAGAAAAUUCGUGUCACUGAUAUUGUCUUCCAUAGUUUUUAAAAAUAACGUAACGAUUUUACACGUUGCGGGUACAGUGUUGGUUGCUGUCGGUACGUAUGUGUAUUUCGACUUUUUUGUGUGGAAGCAGAGACCUGUUAAAUAUAAGGAAUAGUUUAGAUCAGGGGUUCCCAAUAUUUAUCAGUCCGCGGCGCACUUGCAAGUUUUAAAUUUAAUCACGGCGCCCUGACUAAGGGCCAGUUGCACCAACCACAGUUAACAGACUGAUCAACGUCAAUCAGCAGAGAACUGUGAAACAUUUCAUACAAUAAAAUUUAACGAACGCUAAAACGGUGACAGACGGUUUGGUGCAACCGACCCUUAGACUAUUCGAAAUAUAUAGGUAACAGGAUUGUCUCACGACGCCUCUCUUUACUGUCCACGGCGCUCCGGCGCAGUUUGGGAACCCCUGGUUUAGAUAAUAAACCUAAAUAAAUUUCACAUAGAAUCUGUGCGGAAUGAGAAGAGUCGUAGAAUGUAUUGGAUCUUGGAUCCCAUAUAUUUCACGACUCUACUCUUUCCGCAUAGACUCUACUAAAAGUGACCAAGAAAAACUGCUCGAGGCUGGAAUCGAACCGGCGUCUUUAGCAUCGAGAUUCUCGGAUUUUAUUAUUGUCGUGCCUUUGUAAAAUUUAUACUAUUUAUUAUAAAGUAUUUCUAUUUAUGUAAAACCUACUUUAACCCUUUUCCAGGCCGCACCAAUCUACAAGGUUUUCCCGAAAAAUCCAAAUAUAUUCCCAUUAAUCCAGCUUUGAUGAUUCAUUUGAAGACAACUGAUAUUUCCCGAAAGUGCAAUCUAAUUUGAAUCUUAAAUCGGAAUGCUAAUGUUGAAAUUCUAGUGGCGCGUAUGUGGUCGAUAAAUCGUACUAUGCCUGGAAAAGGGUUAAACACAGAUCUUUAUUUAAAUACUAUACAGGGAUUUUAAGAUAAAACUAAGAGUAUUUUAUUUAUAUGAUGUUUUUUAUACUUUCUGUUUGGGAUUUUUAAUAAGUUUUUUAUUGGCUGGUUUUUAGGCCCCUGGGACUACAGGUACUACUUCAUUCACAGCUACUACUAAGGUAAUACUUCAUUCACCUUGAUAUUGUUGUGAAAAGGUUAUUAAUAUUGUAUUUAUAUUAAUUCGUUUGUUACCUACUCAAUUACGACGUUGGUAAAUGAGAAUGAGUUGUAAUAUUAGAGAUAAGAUAUAUUGUACGCUCGAAAUGGGCAAAAUUGUUGAUACCUUUAUAUUUAUCUUAUCGUCGAGUUGUUUCUAUUACUAUUGUCCACACUGAUAAUUGACAAAUUCGAUAUUAGCCUAACCUUAAUUGGAUACUGAUACGCAAUAAUGUGUCAACCCACAUUAAUUUUUCAAUAAGAUGUCGACUCAAAAUAUUGACGCUUAAAGUUGACAUUUUAUUGCAAAAUGGACGUGGGAUGAUUCAUUUUUGCUAAACACCAUCCAAUUAAUGUCAGGGAUAAAUAUAAGCAAACAAACACGGGUCAGACGGGUAAAAUUCAUUUUUCAUGUUGUGUAAUGCUACAUGCUACCAGUUCACUUCAUAGUUAUUUGCCUAAGAAUUCGUUUCGAAUAUCUUUCUUUCAUAUGCAAAACGAAAGUGACGCCCACACGACAAACCCAUCGAAAUGAAUUGGUAGCAUAUAUUAUACAUUUUGUGUUCAAUUGGGAAUUUUGUGAUAAUAAAUAAAACAUUCCACUAU